CGCGCCUAGUUUCCCUCAGGAGGCUUAAGCGCCUAAUGCAGGCCCAUCCCUUUUCCCCGCCUCCCGACCUGUCAGUUUCUCACUGGCCGCCGGAGAAGGAAGAGGAGGAGGAGGAGAAGAGGAGGCCAGUGUAUGUGCGGCAACAACAUGUCCGCCCCGCUCCCCGCCAUCGUCCCGGCCGCCAGGAAGGCCACCGCCGCGGUUAUAUUUCUUCAUGGAUUAGGAGAUACUGGGCAUGGGUGGGCAGAAGCAUUUGCUGGCAUUCGAAGCCCACACAUAAAAUAUAUUUGCCCACAUGCGCCAGUUAUGCCAGUUUCUCUAAACAUGAAUAUGGCCAUGCCUUCUUGGUUUGAUAUUAUUGGACUGGCUCCAGAUUCACAGGAGGACGAAGCUGGAAUCAAGCAGGCAUCAGAGAAUGUGAAAGCACUUAUAGAGCAAGAAGUAAGAAAUGGAAUACCUUCAAACAGAAUAAUAUUGGGAGGAUUUUCUCAGGGAGGAGCUUUAUCAUUGUACACAGCCCUCACAACGCAUCAGCAGUUAGGAGGUAUUGUAGCACUCAGCUGUUGGCUUCCGCUGCGGACUUCUUUUCCACAGGGCCCCAUCAACUGUGUCAACAAGGACAUUUCCAUUCUUCAGUGUCACGGUGACCGUGACCCUUUAGUUCCAUUAAUGUUUGGUUCUGUCACUUCUGAGACGUUAAAAACUAUGAUAAAUCCUGGCAAUGUAACUUUCAAGACAUAUUCAGGCAUGAUGCAUAGCUCAUGUAUUGAGGAAAUGAUGGAUGUUAAGCAGUUCAUUGACAAGCACCUACCUCCAGUUGACUGAAACUGAGCCUUGUUAAAUCACCAGCAUCAUCUUUACUAGAUUUUUUUCAUGCAGCUGUUUCUAAAGCAUCUCUGUGCCUACAGUGCUAGCUGUAAUGCAAAGACUAGAUAGCAUCCGUUCAAGAGAAAUGAUGCUCUUUUAAAACUUUACUGGCAGUCAUGUAAAUAUAUGGCAGAGGAAAGAUGUGUUGGGAUACACUUUCAGAGUGCUUUAAAUUUAAAACUGUCCAUUAAGAAUGAUAGAUCUCUUAUUUUAAAUUAUUGUUUGAAUAAGAACAGUAUUUUCAAGAUUUGUUUUAUUAAUGCUUGCUAAUUGACACUGAAGUAUUGUACAUGCCAUAACCGUAAUGAACUUGCAGAAGUAGAAUAAGUAUUAUCAUAACUAUAUAUCAUAGCCCAGAUGCUGUGACAAAGGCAAAAGUAUUAUUGCAUGUACAAGAAAAGACUGUUCAAUUUUUAUCCCUAUGCAUUUUGAACUCUAUGGUUAUCUCAUUAAAUAUACACUAGGCUACUUUCAAACUUUGAGAGGUGUCUGUCUCAAGACAAAAUGUCUAGUCUGUUUGGGCUCAGAUGUCAUUCAGAUAAAUACAGAGAACUCAAAAAUAUAUCACUAUAAUUCCUAGUAAACUGUAAAAUUUAAGUUCUUGGAAGUUUUCCUGAAUAGUCUGGUAAACUGCUUGAGAAAUUAAAAUAAUCAAGGAAACAUUUUAUAUGCUUUAUGAAAAACUUUUUCUGCUUUAGAGAAAUCAGGACUCGAACUAUUAAGUAUGCAAGGAUUCAUAUAGUAAGCUGGUGCCAGAAAUGCAAAUGAAAAUCAUUAUUCACCUCACAUAAGUGUAUCUUAUUGGAUGAUACAGUGUUUUUCUUUGGUAACUUCUAAAGGGUCAAAGGAGAAAAUGUAUUUUCCCUCAGUAUACCAAAUCAUAAGCUAUAGCAAAUGUCUGAGAAAAAGAAAAUAUUCUGUCUCGAGAUAUGCUGGGUACAAACAAACGUUUCUCAGCAAUAUGUAUAAUACAAGUUUCAGAGUUCUACAACUGGAUUUGCAAAUGUAGUGGUGGUGGGGACUGCAAAUAUGCUAUACCCUUACCAUGAUAAUAUGCUAUUGAUUGAUGUGAAAUUGCUAGUAUAAUGUUGAAAUUGUUCUAAGUUUGAGUCUCUAUUUUCAUACACAUGAAUCGAAUCUUAGCCACCUUAUUACAUUGGUUGCCAAAACAAGCAUUUAAUUAAAAUGCUUGUUUUGAUAGUUGAAUGCCCUAAAUGUUUGUGAUUUAAUCUUGCCAACUGGCACUUCUUGUAUCUGUGUUGUGGUUUCAAUUCAUACAACUUUUUGACACAUUCCUUAGCCCUUACUGGGCUUCUAUAGCCUACUAGACUGAGAGCCAGCAACAUUGAGAAGCAAAAGUAUCUGUGGAUUGUACUAAUUGAGAUUACUAGCUGAAAAAUCAUACUUUAGGAACCUUGCCUAUAUCUUAAAACAACAUUUUUUGCCUAGUAGGGAAAUUUGAAUCUAGCUUCCUCAGAAACACUGGUUUUCUGUUUUCUGCAAAAAAAACAGUUGAAUGGAGAACUAAAACUUGUAGUUUUAAAGUACUACUAUUCAAGGAAAGCUUCAACAGAAAAUUCUAAAUAGACUGUGACACUUAAAGGCAGUAAAUGCCUUUAAUCGUUCCUUCUGAUAUUUAUAUGCUGGAGACCUCUGCAACAAGAGUCUGUAUUUGAAUAUUUUAACAUUGUAACUUUGCUCAAUAUUCAUCCUGUAUUUACUGGAAAAUAGUAAUCUUGCACCAUUCUAUCAAGUUCUCAAAACCCUGUUUUCUUUACUGAAGAUGGUCUGGUGAAAAUAUCUCUUAUGGGUUACUGCAAAGAUCAGUUUUUCUCUUAAUAAAGAGAACUGCAAGUUUAAAUUUCAAUUUAGUAUAAUAGCAUAAUUGCAUUAAACACGUGUCAAACUACUGAAAUCACACUGGUGGUAUUCUAACAAAAUGUUUAUUUCACUUUGAAAUUUAGUGUCUAACAUUCUGACAAAAUCUUUAUUCAGUAUUAAAUUACUUUUAUCUGAAGUAUUUGUGUGAAAUAUGUACUUGCCAACUUGCUAUUAAAUAUUAAUUGUAUUGUAAAUCAUAGCACAACGCUGUGACAAAGGCAAAACUAAUGAUGUCAUUGGAAUUGCUGCUGAUACGAUGUAGCCUUUAGUCUUUCCUGAAGUAUUGUAUAAUGGUCAAUACAGUGAAUUGCUGAAAAAAAUACUGUACUCUAUAACUUGUAUUUUAAAUCUGUUAAUUAAAUGUUUGCCUUAAUGAAGUGCAUUGCAUUGUACUUCAUUAAACUGCAAAAUGCAUCUUUUUUAUAAACAGGUGCUAUUGACUCAAAUAUAAUUUUAAGAAUGUAUGUAUAGGAAGUUAAUGAAGCCAUAUAUUGAGGCCGCAAUAUUUUAUAAACAGGAACAUUAAUUUGGCUUUCUUUUAUUUCAAGUUGUAGAAACCCAUACUCAAGAUUUUAUAUUAUUUAUGGUGAGAAAUCUGUUGUUGAUAUGGCUUUCUGGUAGUUGAAAAUUGUAACCUUUCUCUUUACUGUGAAAUAAAUUGAGAACAAUCAA